UAAGGUUUUUUUGGUAGUAUUUUUUUCGUUAUGUCCUACGUAAACACAUGCUGUGCUCUGACAAAAAAUUUUCUUCAUAUUUUAAUCUCUAAAAUCACUACUCUUUUAUAUAUCUCCAAAUUUAACAACAUCAACUUCAUUGUAGCAACCUUUCUUCCACAAUAAUCAAUUCUUAUCUCUUCUUGAUCCUCAUUAUGUUCAAUAAAAUUGAUGAACUUAACAUCAUUUUCCUUCCCUUUGUGAGCCAUGGCCACUUGAUCCCUUUGGUUGAUGUGGCCACGCUCUUCGCCGAGCUCGGUGUCAUCGUCACCAUCGUCACCACCGAUGCCAACGCCGCCCUCUUCCGCAGUAAAAUCCAUCGGGACUCCGUCUCUGGUUCCCGUAUCCGCCUCCACACCAUUCCAUGGCCUGCAGCUAGGGUAGGUCUCUCUCCUGCUAUCCAAAAUCUUAGUACCGCCACACCCAUGGCGAUGCCCAAGGUCUUAGAAGCGUUUCUCAUGCUCCAACCUCAACUCGAAGACCUCAUCCACGAGAUGCGGCCAGACUGUAUCGUCGCCGACAUCUUUUACCCGUGGACGACUAAAGUGGCGGCCGAGCUUGGAAUCCCACGGCUCGCCUUCAACGGUUCGAGCUUCUUCGGUUACUGUGCUGAAGAAUGUAUCAGAGCACACAAGCCACAUCUUGAAGUUGAAUCUAACAAUGAUAAGUUCAAACUUCCGGGGUUGCCUGAUGUUAUUGAAAUGACGAAGUCUCAGUUACCAAGUUGGAUCACCACACAAGAUGACUUCUCAAGAUUUUUUGAUGUCAUUAAAGAAUCAGAGAGACAAUGCUAUGGAAUAAUAAUGAAUAGCUUUCAUGAAUUGGAAAGCUCAUAUGAAGAACACAUGAAUAAGGUUUUAGGGAUCAAAACAUGGAGCAUAGGGCCAGUUUCUUUGUUGGCAAACAAGGAAGUUGAAGAUAAAGAAUAUAGAGGUGGAAACCCCAGCAUAGAGACCACCAACUUACUCCAAUGGCUUAACGAGAAAGAACCAAAAUCCGUUUUAUACAUCAACUUCGGAAGUUUGGUCCAGACGAACCCCAACCAGAUUACCGAAAUCGCACAUGCCAUUCGAGAAUCUAGUCACAAUUUCAUCUGGGUCGUAAAAAGAAACAACGAAGACGAUGAUGACAUAGUAAAUGAAGGGUUUCCAAAAGGGUUUGAGGAGAAUAUGAUUAAAAGCAAGAAGUGUUUGAUAAUAAGGGGGUGGGCACCACAAUUGAUGAUUUUGGAGCAUGAAAGUGUUGGAGGAUUUGUGACUCAUUGUGGUUGGAACUCUAUUCUUGAAGGGGUAAGUGCAGGUUUACCAAUGAUCACAUGGCCAUUGUUUGCUGAGCAAUUUUACAAUGAGAAGCUGUUGAUUGAAGUAGUGAAGAAUGGAGUGGGAGUUGGAUCCAAAAAGUGGUGGCAUUUGGGAGAAGAAAAACAAGAGAUCGUUAAUAGGGAAGAUAUUGGAAAGGCUGUGGAUUUUGUGAUGGGUGGAAGUGUAGAAGCUUUGGAAAUGAGAAAAAGGCUAAAGAAAUGGGAGAGGCAGCAACAAGGGCUGUGAAUUGUGGUGGUUCGUCUCAUAUCAACUUGCUUUCUUUGCUUAAGGAGCUUCAAAAAAUGAAGCUUAUGACCACUAUGAAUGAUUUGAGAGUACCAUAGAAUUGCAAUUGUUGUGGUGUCAUUUGAAUAUUUGGAACCCAUGUUGUUUUUAGAAAAAUACUUGUGUAUUUUGAGCUACAUAACAAUUUAUGUAUAAUUAAGUGCCAUUCUAAGCUUAAAAAAUACAAUUUUUUAUAUUUAUAUGUUUGCAUUUGUUAAUGAACGAGGUUCGAAAUAUCAAUGUCGAUAAAAAUAUCAAGAUUCCAAUUUUAUAGAAAUAUCAAUGUCCAUAGAAAUUUAAAAAAAACUUUAUAAAAAUUGAUGAAAAUUAUUAUACAUUAGUUAAUGAAACAGACUGUGGCAUAAUUAGACCAUCGACACAUCAUUGAUCAUUUUAAUCAUCAUUUCUAUAAAGUAAGAUAUCAUUUCGAUGUCUGUGUAAAAAUUGAUGCAAGACCAAAAAUUUUAAAAAGAAAUGUAAAUAAAA